GAAGUCAGAUGCUUAACCAACUGAGCCACCCAGGUGCCCCGUAUCGCUUUCUUUAUUGGUAAAAUUGGGAAUAAAAUAGCUCCAGGUGAGGUGAAAGUGGCUGGUGUACCUGGCCCGUGGUUUGUGGGCCGCGGGUGUUACUGGGGACCCUCACUUCUGCCCCUGCCAUGAAAUCAGAUGCAGUUGUGGGUUCUCCAGGCCUCGCCAACAGGAAAUCUCCCAGCUUCCCAAGGAGCGGGGCUGCUUUGCUGGCUGGGAGGGAAGGGGCCCACCGUGCUGUGGCCUGGGUUACUUCUGUGCUAGCCUAGCAUCUGUCACUGGUGUAGAAACGCACACAAAAGCAGAUGCCCUCCGGUGUCUUGAAUGCCGGGGAAGCCGGCCACUGGGAGCCUUCCCAGCUCUCCCUCUGGCUUUCUGCCCACCCACAGAGCUCAGGUGUGUGCUCUGACUGCACCAUUUUUUGACUUGGGCUGCUCAGAAUUCAGGUGCUGCGUCGCCUGCUGUAUGUAGUGUCCCAUGGUGCGAUUCAGAAAAUACCCUUGCUGUCCACCGAGCCCCCCAGUCCCUGCAGAGUAUGCGCCCGGCACUGCGCCGCGGGCCUGCUGGGCCGGUGCGCUCGGCCCCAGACUGCCGCAGUGCCUCCUCCUCGGCUCCCUGCUGCUCCCUGGAAGAACACAGUUGGGCAGAUAAAAUACUAGAUAACCAUGCUGCCCUUGCUGUGCACUGUGGUUCUUUCUGUCUGCUGUGUUUCUUCUCCGACACCUGUUUUCUUCUAGGAUUUGCUUGUCCUUUAAUGCUUUCUCCUUAGCCGAGCCUUUGUGGUUUUUCUUUCCCCAAAUAAGCCAUCCACCUUCUCCUCCCUUUCCCACCUCUCCUCCCCAGAGACUAAUUUGUUUUGUACACUGUGCCCUCUCCGACAACCUUCGCUCAGUUCUGCCCAUCUAUUCUGCUGCUUCUCCCCUGUGCUCUUGAUUUCAGGGACUGCGUUCUGUGACCGUGUGGCAGGGUUUCCAAGGCAGUUGCAUGAGGCCUGGAGUACACUUCGUUAUGAAGCCCCCUGCCUGGGCUGGGGGUCGGGAGGCUUGAACUUCCCCCUGGCAUUGGCCACCUUCCCCACCUCAGACUACUGAUGUUCACCUACCUGCCGGUGCCCCCCCUUGCCACUCCCCACCCCCUGCCAGUGGGGUGAUGUUGUCAGAUGUGGGGUUUUUUUCCUUGCAAUAGAAUGGAAAUUGCAUUGGCCAAAAUUCACCUCUGGUAAAACAGCUCUCUGACCCUUGAAUUUGACUUCUUAUUUUCCCUCAAUAUCAUCUUGUGUGUUAUGUUUUUCAGAUAGUAGAUCGGUGAAUGGGAAGUAUUUUCAGUGUAAAUUCAGUUUCAAAUAAAUCUCAUAUUUUCUUACUCGUGUCUCUGAAAAUUCAUAAAAUAGUGAUGGAAAGAAUCCCUCUUCUUUCAUAAAAGAAAGUCAAAGUUUUCGUGGCGCUCUGAGGAUAGCACAUCACAUCGUAGGCACUGUAUGUGUGUUGCUAUUAUUAGUGGAUUUCGAAGUUGUUACUGUGUGCAUAGAUGACCUAGACUCUGUCUCUUGCACACCUCCUCCCCUCCCCCUUUCCCCCAUCUAAAACAGAGGACCACACACCAUUCUGUGGCUAUUUGGUGAAUAGUGUACCGGACUUUGUAGAUGGCAUCCCUCUUCCUUCUAGAAAUUUCUGAAAAGAUACUUCUUAGUUCUCCUCUCCUCUGAUGUUUAACCAAAAUGGGAACUCCGUGUUUGUAGGCAGCCUAAUCAAUUGUGGGAACCACAACUCCUCGGUGUCAACAGUAAAGGCUCUCAUGUGUAUUCUUUUGUAACGCUGCUCCCUCAUUCACACCUUAUGCUAUUUGCGGAUGUUGUUAUGUAAUUUAGGGUAGUUCGGGGAAUCUCAAAGAUUAAUGGUGCUUUUAAUCAUGGUGUCCAUUCCAUUCUGGCCGGGGCAGUGGGAGUCGGGGGCUCUGCACCAAACCUGGCAGCCCAUACAGUCCCCCUCGCUCUUCUGUGCCCCCCCCCCGCCCCCUCCUGCCUUGCUCCCUCAUCAGGAAAAAGAAAGGUUUGGAGCAGAUUAUGUGGAGCUCAAGAACUUCAGAAACCCACACUGCCUCUUCUUGUUGCUUUGGAAGGAAGGGCUAGACUAACACCAUCCAACAAGAAUAGAAUGCAGGCCACACGUGUGAUUUAAAAUUUUCGAGUAGCUACAUUAAAAGAAAAGGUGAAAUUAAUUUUAAGAUAGCUGACAUCACUUCGCCGUGUAAUCGACAUAAAAAAUUAUUAGAUAUUUUACACUGUUUUUUUGCUGUGCUAAGUCUUUGAAAUCCAGUGUGUACUUUACCCUUAUGGACGUCUUCAUUUCGACUAGCCACAUUUCCAGUCCUCGGUGGCCGUGUGACUGAUGACUGCACCAUGGGCAGCACGGGUCUUUCUGCACCACCUGGAGUCUAAGACCCACUCGUGCCCAGAGGAGCCAUGGCCUGCGUCUUGGUCUUUGCAGUCUGUGGCUGGAAUUGAUAAAGCAGGGACCAAUAGGAGAUCAUCCGAACUGAGGUCUUUUUUAAGACCUGCUUUUCUCAAACAACACUGCCCCUUAAAGCAAAACUCGUGCUUUAAGACGCAUUCUGCCGACAUGCAGUUUGGGGGACGUGCUCGCAGAGGGUGUUCAGAAGGCCUGGCUGUUUCUGAGCAGCUGCGGACAACACUAAGAGGAUGCAUUCCAUGAUGUUGAGGAACAGUUUCGGCUUAACCCUCCAUUACCCAGAGCCAGGUUGGGAGGGUAAGGGAAUUUCUCAUGGGGACGGAAAAUUAAGAAAUAAAUCAAGGCUUUGUCUUUGUCUUUUCAUUUAGUGGAAUAGAAGAUGAACUCAGCUGAAUUCAGUGAAGAUGUAGAAGAAGUUCUAAAAAAUAACACAGUGAAAGUGGAGACAGAGGCCGAAGAUGCUGCCCUGGACUGCUCAGUGAGUUCCAGGUCUUCCGAGAAGCACCCUCUGGACAGCGUCUUCCCUGCCCUCCAGGAUUCCAGCAAGCGAAAGCCCCCGGGCUGCGAUGGCCAGCCUGACUCUGUCCCCAGCGUGAAGAGGCGGCGGCUGAUUCCCGAGGCGCUCCUAGCAGGCAUGCGGAACCGGGAGAACUGCUCGCCCUGCCAGGGCAACGGAGAGCAGGCCAGCAGGGGCAAGAACCUGGGCUCCGCGUGGCCCGGCGAGGAGGAGCCCUGCGGCGAGGUGACCACCCCCUCUUACAAGAAGCCUCUGUAUGGCAUCUCGCACAAGAUCAUGGAGAAGAAGAACCCUCCCGCCGGGGACAUGCUCAACACGUACGAGCUCUUCGAGAAGGCAAACUCCAGCAACAGCCCCUCGCCGCUGCGGCUCCUGAACGAGCCGCAGAAGCGGGACUGUGGCAGCGCCGCAGCGGCCACCGACGGUGACCCCAACAUCUACUUUCUGAUCCAGAAGAUGUUCUACAUGCUCAACACGCUGUCCUCCAACAUGUCCCAGCUGCACAGCAAGGUGGACCUGCUCUCCCUGGAGGUGAGCCGCAUCAAGAAGCAGGUGAGCCCCACCGAGAUGGUGGCCAAGUUCCAGCCGCCCCCGGAGUACCAGCUCACGGCGGCCGAGCUCAAGCAGAUCGUGGACCAGAGCCUGUCGGGCGGUGACCUCGCCUGCCGCCUGCUGGUGCAGCUCUUCCCUGAGCUGUUCAGCGACGUGGACUUCUCCCGCGGCUGCAGUGCCUGCGGCUUCGCGGCCAAGCGGAAGCUGGAGUCGCUGCACCUGCAGCUCAUCCGCAACUACGUGGAGGUCUACUACCCCUCGGUGAAGGACACGGCCGUGUGGCAGGCCGAGUGUCUGCCCCAGCUGAACGACUUCUUCAGCCGCUUCUGGGCGCAGCGGGAGAUGGAGGACAGCCAGCCCGGCGGCCAGGUCCCCGGCUUCUUUGAGGCCGAGCAGGUGGAUGCCGGCCACUUCCUGGACAACAAGGACCAGGAGGAGGCCCUGUCCCUGGACCGGAGCAGCACCAUCGCCUCCGACCACGUGGUGGACACGCAGGACCUCACCGAGUUCCUGGACGAAGCAUCGUCCCCCGGCGAGUUUGCCGUCUUCCUUCUCCACCGGCUCUUCCCCGAGCUCUUCGACCACCGGAAGCUGGGCGAGCAGUACAGCUGCUACGGGGACGGCGGCAAGCAGGAGCUGGACCCGCAGAGGCUGCAGAUCAUCCGCAACUACACGGAGAUCUAUUUCCCCGACAUGCAGGAGGAGGAGGCCUGGCUGCAGCAGUGCGCCCAGCGCCUCAACGACGAGCUCGAGGGCCUGGCGCUGGACGGGGGCAGCGAGGGCGAGCCCGCGCGGGACGACUGCUACGACUCCUCCAGCCUGCCGGACGACAUCUCCGUGGUCAAGGUGGAAGACAGCUUCGAGGGCGAGCGGCCCGGCCGGCGCUCCAAGAAGAUCUGGCUGGUGCCCAUCGACUUCGACAAGCUGGAGAUCCCGCAGCCCGACUUCGAGGUGCCGGGCGCCGACUGCCUGCUCAGCAAGGAGCAGCUGCGCAGCAUCUACGAGAGCAGCCUGUCCAUCGGCAACUUCGCCUCGCGCCUGCUGGUGCACCUCUUCCCCGAGCUCUUCACGCACGAGAACCUGCGAAAGCAGUACAACUGCAGUGGCUCGCUGGGCAAGAAGCAGCUGGACCCGUCGCGCAUCAAGCUCAUCCGCCACUACGUGCAGCUGCUCUACCCCCGCGCCAAGAACGAUCGCGUGUGGACGCUGGAGUUCGUGGGCAAGCUGGACGAGCGCUGCCGGCGCCGGGACACGGAGCAGCGGCGCUCCUACCAGCAGCAGCGCAAGGUGCACGUGCCGGGCCCCGAGUGCAGGGACCUGGCGAGCUAUGCAAUCAACCCCGAGAGGUUCCGAGAGGAGUUUGAGGGUCCCCCGCUGCCGCCUGAGAGAAGCAGCAAGGACUUCUGCAAGAUCCCCCUGGACGAGCUGGUGGUCCCCUCGCCCGACUUCCCGGUGCCUUCACCGUACCUGCUGUCGGACAAGGAGGUGCGUGAGAUCGUGCAGCAGAGCCUCUCCGUGGGCAACUUCGCCGCCCGGCUCCUGGUCAGGCUCUUUCCGGAACUCUUCACCGCCGAGAACCUCCGGCUGCAGUACAACCACUCCGGCGCCUGCAACAAGAAGCAGCUGGAUCCGACGCGGCUGCGGCUCAUCCGGCAUUACGUGGAGGCCGUCUACCCGGUGGAGAAGAUGGAGGAGGUGUGGCACUACGAGUGUAUCCCCAGCAUCGACGAGCGAUGCCGCCGCCCCAACAGGAAAAAGUGCGACAUCCUGAAGAAAGCCAAGAAAGUGGAGAAGUGACGGGCGCCCCGGGGACUGAGCGUUCUUUUGGAGCAGUGAAUGGUAUCCACAGACACGCACCUUAUGUCAGUGGGGAGUGGCUUACUACAUUUGCACACGUGAACACCACCCAACCACAGGAAAGAAGCCUUGCGUUCGGUCUCUCCUGCUCACGACUUUUGUCCUGUGCCCCAGUGGUGCCGCAGGAGUUGGGGAGAGCUGAGCCGUGAGAGUAGAGAGGCCUCAGGAGUGGUCCUCUCCUGGGCUGUGUCCCCCCACCCCCCUGCAAUUUCAGAUGCAUAUUUAGCAACUCUCUUGUUCCUCUGCCCACAUUUUACAUCUUCCAUUUUUAUCAAAAAAUUUUUUUAAUUAAAAAGAAACCCUUUUUUAAAAAAAAAAUCAUUGGGCUCUUUGGGGGCCAUUUUACUUAGAAAAAAUAUCUUUUAAAUAUUUGAGAUGAAGUACUGUAAGAUGACUUCAGUUGCUGGGAUUUUUUUUUUUUUUAAGAUGUUUCAGAUUUAUGAAAUUUUUAUAAGUGCCAUGUUCAUGCAUGAUGGCCAAUAAUAGCUUCAGGUGGCACAGAGACCAAUUUUCCUGACCUUGUCUUUUACAUCUGAUUUUAGAAGGAUCAAGAUGCCCCCUGGAUGGCAGUAGAAGGGAUGGAAUAGUGUGAUGUCCUUUCCCACCAUGGUCGCGUUCUCCCUUCCACUGUGGUGCUGAGGAAGGGGCCUCACGCGGCCUGGCCUGUUUGUAGUUGCCAUGUGGGUAGAAUGUCGUGCUCACUCUCUGUAGACGAGAACACUGGAUGAUGAUGAUGAUGAUGAUGAUGAUGAUGAUAUGAAUGUAGAUAGACGUGGAAACACGUACACAAUGUCAUUUGAGCUGUGUCCUUCCACUGCCCCCUUCCCUCUCUACACAAGGAUGCUGUUUGGAGGGGCAGAAACAUUUCCUUGGAAAACAGUCUGUGUGGGUGUUUAGCUUCUUGUUUGAUUUAAGGAUGGGCCCCUUUGGGCUCACCAAAGCUGUUUACUUUCCGUGUAUGUAUCUGUGUGACACCCAGGUUCUGGGAGCUGUCUGGUGGUCUCACCACACCUCAGUGUUAGCCCCUCCGGUCGGUAGCACAUCCUUGUUCCUCAGGGCAAGCCCAGGCCUCGGGCCCUCUUGGGGAUAUUUGGCAUUGGAAGGUCACAGGUCAUUCAAAUGGGGCUUCCCCUGUCCCUUGCCAGAGUCCACUCAGUUGUCCCCUCGGACCCCCUAGGAGCUCUGCCGCCCUACACCUGGCCAGUCACUUGGCCUCGGAGUAAGACAUCUCCUCUCCUCACUGGUUGGGAAGGCCAGACUGCUCCGGGCCAGUGGCAUACUCUCCAGGACUACCAAUCGGGAAAUUCCCCAGCACGUAAAGUCCUGAAAAACAAUACCUUUACCUACCUGACUUUGGGGUCCCAAUCCCUACGAGGGAAAGGAGACAGUGUAACCCAAGCUGAAUACAUCCUACCAGAAACUCGGAAAAUGAACUGAAUCACACAGGGUAGUCCUAAAACCCUUGUGGGAUGUUGCUGAUUGAAUAGCCUAGUGGCUUAAUGUUUUGCUACCUUAAAAUGCAGAAGUAAUCGAAACAAUCUGUGAAUUUUCUUUAUACAACCGAUAAGGACUUCAGUUCCCCGGUGGCUAUUUGACAUAAUUUUGCCUACACCCAGAGGGCUUUGUUUUUUUUUUUUUUUUAAUGACAAGAUUUUGAGCAAUGUAAAGUUGCUGAUCUAACUUUAGUAAAUUCGCUUUUAAAUGUCACUUACAGAUUAUUUCUGUUGAAACUGCAGCCCUAAAUUAUUGCAAUUUAGAAAUGCACAGGGACUUAAGGACUCUCUCACCUACACCCACACCCACCCACACGUGCACAUACAUUUUCUUCCUACGAAACAACUUAAGUGGGAUGAAGGGGGCCUAUAGGAAUAACAAGCUCAGCCUCUUUGUGCCUGGAAAGAAGGGACUAGAGCAUCCAGGAAACUCACUUUUUCCUCCUCACUUGGGCCUUUCUCUAUGCCUUAGUCUCUCCAACACACACGUGCGCGUGUGCGCGUGCACGCGCCCUACCCAAAGAUGGCGGUGGCGCUCUCGCCCGCCAGCCCUGUUGGUUGGAGAGUGCCAUGGAAUUUGUUCUGGUCUCUAGGAUGUGUCCAAGAGGAUUCCAAGCCAUGCGAAAAUUGCCCUGCUUUCUAGAGGGUGGACUCUGACCCUGCAACUUCAGAAGCACAAUCAUUUAUUAAUAACGCAAAGUCCUAUCUACCCACGUUGGAGAAAUCAACAGGUUCUAGGAAUGAAAUGUGUUUCUUUACAGCCUAGAGCAUGUUCAGUUUUUGGAAGCUGUUAUUUUGGUGGUUUCCUUAAUACCUUUCCUGCGUAGGGCUUCUCCUCCCCACCCCACCCCACCCCACCCCACCCCACCCCCCCCCACCCCACCCCCGCCCCAAAUCUUAGAGUCCCUUUUAGAGAAGAGAGGUGGAUGCACUCUGGGAAGUCGUUUCCUGUCCCUCUGGACUGUCUCACCAGGAAACACCUGCAGGUGUCUGUCUGUAUGGUGGCCUCAGUUCUCCAGCCAUACAGGUGGGCUCCAAGGCUCCAGGGCAGUUUUUUACACGAAGCAAUAGAAGUACAAAAUACUUAACUUUUUUCAAAAUUUAAUGUUUUCCAUAAAAUGUGUUGGUAAACCCCGUCCCCCUCCCCAUCUAAAUUCAUGGGUUUUUACUUGUUUUGGGGUUAUUUUUUUCUUCGUAUCUGGAGAACUAAAGAAUUAGCACGGACACAUUCUGAUGGUAAGUAAAAUAGCCAGUCACAGUAGGUGGUAGUGUCCCUCGUUUUCUCUGUUAGUAAGUUUUAAAAGAAUGUAUGAAGGUAGUCAUGAAUGUACUGUUCUAAUCCUGCUUCAGUUCACUUUGGCUGUGUCUACAUGACAACAAAUGUUUGACAGGGAAUAAAGUUGUCUAGUGUCAUGGGCAAAAGUGUGCCCCUCCCCCUUCAGCGUUGGCCCCAAAUCUUCCUUUCUCCUUAAGUUUGGGUGGAGGGGGUGCCGCAUCAGCAGCAAUCAUCAACCAACCAAUGGGAUCUACUUAGUGGUGAAAGGAUUAGCUGUUUCAAUGGUAAGAGUCACUGGCCUGACCACACACCGCAGCAUGGCCGCUUGCGUUCCUACAGAGAUGGCCUCAGGUUCCCCCCCUUUCCCCCCCCCCCCCCCACAAUGUUUGCUUCUUGUCUGAUUGGGAUGGGGUCCUGAGACCCCCGGUGAGAAGUCACUGCGACCUCUCACCCUGCCUGGCUGUGUGGGGAGCGGCGUGCGGUGGACGUGGGGGCCAAGGGGCUGUUCCUGCCGUUUGGAAAUACUUGCCUCGUGUAGAUCCAGCCUUAAUGUUUUUCUGACAUCCUAGUGAUAGCAGACCCUGCACAAAGUGGAUAUCAGAGUUAAUACUGUGAGGAGACAAAAUAAUGGGAAUAGUUUUACCAAAGAUAAUGAAAUACCACAUAAUGUCUGCAUUUUACCAUUGAUUUGAGUGCAUCCUUAGAAAACUGAAUGUAACAAAAACCCAGGACAUUUUUGGAAAUUGUAUGCUCUCUAGCAACUGUGUGUGAAUUUUUAUACAAGCACUGUUUUAUGAGUUAUAUAAAAUGUUAUAAAACUAGAAAAAAAUA